GAUAAUAAGGCGGAGCACAGUUUAAAGGACGGACCGAUGGCAUGUGUGGAGUGGCGGGAAACUUUCAGAUGGAACACUAAUAUAAAAUACGUACCAUGGAAUAGCAUUCUACCAGUGCAGAGAGCUGAACUGCAUUUGAGUAGAGAGAGCUAGGAAGGGUUUUAGUCAGAAGAGCAACAUCUAGGGUUUCAUCAUGGAUAAGAAGCGGCAUGGUGCUCCUCCGGCCGCGCCACCAAGUGCAAAGAGAUUCCAAGCAGAAGAAGAAGAAUAUGCGUAUGAGGAGGAGGAGGAGGAGGCCGUGUUCUUUGAAGAAACACUGCUGAGGGAAGAGGAGCUUUUGCAGGGCAAUGGAGGUGGCGUGGAGGGCCUGGCCUCGCGCCUUUCCAAGUGGAACAGACCCUCCCUCCCUUCCUCUUAUGCCACCUCCAAUGCUAACUCUAUAGUGUUCCAGCAGUUGGAUAUUGAUUAUAUUAUAGGGGAAAGUCACAAAGAUAUUAUGCCUCAUUCAACUGGACAAGCAGCAAUUCUGAGGAUUUUUGGUGUUACACAGGAAGGUUAUAGUGUCUGCUGUAAUGUGCAUGGAUUUCAGCCAUAUUUUUAUAUAAGUUGCUUUGAUGGGAUGGGUCCAGAUGACAUACCGAGAUUUCAGCAGGUUUUGGAGGCAAAGACGCGGGAAGCAAACAGAAACAGCAGGGCCCCUAAGUUUAUCACAAGGAUUGAAAUGGUUCAAAAAAGAAGUAUUAUGUACUAUCAAGAACAGAAAUCUCGAUUGUUUCUGAAAAUUGUUGUUGCACUUCCUACCAUGGUUCCUAGCUGUAGAGGUAUUUUAGAAAGGGGAAUCACAGUUGAUGGGUUUGGUUCAAGGUGCUUCACCACCUAUGAAAGCAAUGUUCUUUUUGCACUUCGCUUUAUGAUUGAUUGUGAUAUUGUUGGUGGCAAUUGGAUUGAACUCCCCUCUGGAUCAUACAUAAAAACUUCAAGAAAUAUGUCGUAUUGUCAACUAGAAGUUGAUGUUUGCUACUCUAAAUUAAUUAGUCAUAGCUCACUUGGAGAAUACUCAAAAAUGGCUCCAUUUCGCAUUCUUAGUUUUGAUAUUGAGUGCGCAGGCCGAAAAGGGCAUUUUCCAGAGCCCAGCCAAGAUCCUGUUAUCCAGGUUGCCAAUUUAGUAACAUUACAGGGAGAAGAUCGUCCUUUUGUACGAAAUGUCAUGACCUUAAGGUCGUGCUCUCCAAUUGUAGGUGUUGAUGUCAUGUCAUUUGAUACUGAAAGAGAGGUGUUGCUUGCUUGGAGGGAUUUCAUUCAUGAAGUUGAUCCAGACAUCAUUAUUGGGUACAACAUAUGCAAGUUUGAUUUACCUUAUCUCAUAGAGCGGGCAGAAAUAUUGAAAAUAGUUGAAUUCCCUAUUUUGGGUCGUAUUAGAAAUAGUCGUGUUCGGGUUAAGGACACAACAUUUUCAUCAAGGCAAUAUGGUACUCGAGAAAGUAAGGAAGUUGCUAUUGAAGGAAGAGUUCAGUUUGAUUUACUUCAGGCUAUGCAGAGAGAUUACAAGCUUAGCUCAUAUUCGUUAAAUUCUGUUUCAGCACACUUUCUUGGUGAGCAGAAAGAAGAUGUUCAUCAUUCCAUCAUUUCUGAUUUGCAUAAUGGGAACCCAGAAACAAGGCGGAGACUUGCUGUGUACUGCCUAAAGGAUGCGUAUCUUCCACAGCGACUUUUGGAUAAACUAAUGUAUAUAUACAAUUACGUAGAGAUGGCUCGUGUUACUGGUGUUCCUUUGUCAUUUCUACUUUCCAGGGGACAAAGCAUCAAGGUAUUGUCUCAGAUAUUAAGAAAAUCAAAGCAAAGUAAUCUUGUGGUGCCAAAUAUCAAAGGCCAAGGAUCUAGUCAGGAAACUUUUGAAGGUGCUACGGUUUUGGAGGCAAAAUCAGGAUUUUUUGAAAAGCCAAUUGCGACACUUGAUUUUGCAUCCUUGUACCCAUCAAUAAUGAUGGCAUACAAUCUUUGUUAUUGCACCUUGGUCAAGCCAGAGGACUUAGGAAAAUUAAAUCUCCAACCAGAAUGUGUGGUAAAAACACCAUCGGGUGAGACAUUUGUGAAGCCAAAUUUACAGAAGGGCAUAUUACCAGAGAUCCUAGAAGAGUUGCUGGCUGCCAGGAAAAGAGCCAAGGCAGACUUAAAGGAAGCAAAAGAUCCUCUAGAGAAGGCUGUCUUAAAUGGCCGGCAACUGGCUCUGAAGAUCAGUGCAAACUCUGUUUAUGGUUUUACUGGAGCAACUGUUGGGCAGCUGCCUUGUUUGGAGAUUUCAUCGAGUGUUACAAGCUAUGGUCGUCAAAUGAUAGAGCACACAAAAAGACUAGUUGAAGAAAAAUAUACAAUAAUUGGCAGUUACAAUCACAAUGCUGAGAUUGUGUAUGGAGAUACAGAUUCAGUGAUGGUACAAUUUGGUGUACCAACUGUAGCAGAGGCUAUGGAAUUAGGAAAGGAAGCUGCAGAUUAUAUCAGUGGUACAUUUACAAAGCCUAUUAAACUGGAGUUUGAAAAAGUUUACUUCCCAUAUUUGCUGAUCAGCAAGAAAAGAUAUGCAGGGUUGUUAUGGACAAAUCAAGAGACAUACGACAAAAUGGAUACUAAAGGCAUUGAGACUGUACGGAGAGAUAAUUGUCUCUUGGUGAAGAAUGUUGUUACUGAGUGCCUUCACAAGAUUCUCAUUGAUCGUGAUGUGCCUGGAGCGGUGCAAUAUGUCAAGAAUACAAUUGCUGACCUGCUGAUGAACAGGAUGGAUUUGUCACUUUUGGUCAUAACUAAGGGUUUGACAAAGACUGGAGAUGACUAUGCGGUCAAGGCAGCACAUGUUGAACUAGCUGAGCGUAUGCGGAAGAGGGAUGCUGCAACAGCUCCGUCUGUUGGUGAUAGAGUUCCAUACGUCAUCAUAAAAGCCACGAAGGGUGCUAAGGCAUAUGAGAGAUCCGAGGAUCCAAUUUAUGUUCUGGAGAAUAAUAUUCCUAUUGAUCCACAAUACUAUCUGGAGAAUCAACUGAGCAAGCCACUACUGCGAAUUUUUGAGCCCAUUUUGAAGAAUGCAAGCAAGGAGCUUCUUCAUGGUAGUCACACACGAGCUGUAUCCAUUUCAACUCCUUCAAAUAGUGGAAUCAUGAAAUUUGCCAGGAAACAACUUGUUUGUAUUGGUUGCAAAACACCACUUAGUACGGAGGAUCAUACUCUUUGUUCACAUUGUAGAGGAAGAGAAGCUGAACUUUAUCAGAAAACAGUUGUGAAUGUGAGGGAAUUAGAAAUGCUCUUUGGUAGAUUAUGGACACAAUGUCAGCGGUGUCAAGGGUCUCUGCACCAAGAUGUACUUUGUACAAGUCGCGAUUGCCCAAUAUUUUAUCGAAGGAAGAAAGCUCAAAAAGACCUAGCUGAAGCUGAGGUGCAGUUAGAACGGUGGCAGUUUUGACAUGGCUGAACGUGAUUUGCCUACCAACUUUCUCUGCAUUGUACAAUAAUUUUCACAAGUUUUCUUAGCUAUAUGCCUUAAAAGUUUCCUGAUCCCGAGAGCAGGAUAUUAACCUGAAGUCAGAUGUACUCCGAUUUGUUGAAAGCUUUGAUAAUUGUUAAAAAAAAUGUGCUUAGUAUUGAAUGUAGCCUGAUUAGCUCACCUUUCCUCUUUUAAUUGGAAUGCAGAUAGCUUAUAUUCAGUAAAGGGGAUCAGCUAUUAAUUUGGGUAAAUUUAUUGAUGGUUAAUGUAAAUCUUAGCAGUAGAUACCACUACUAGGUAAUCAGAAAUACCAUCUGUUCACUUUUAUCGUAUGAUGCUAUAUAUCAAUACAAAAGAUACAUCAGAGAAAUUUGAGAAACAAACAAUUUCAAAUGGUUUCCUAGGCCUGCAUGAUUUGUAUCAAAUACACUCUUUGUUAUUGUGUU